ACUGUCAAAAACCAAAAGAAUUUUGUAAACAUUCGUAGAAAAAAUGUCGCGUAAAAAGUGGUCGGAUCUUGAAAAACCCUUAUCCGAACCAAUUCUGGAAGUCAUAAAGGAUCUAGGGUUUGAUCUUAUGACUCCAGUGCAAGCAGCAGCAAUUCCUCUAUUGAUAGCACGAAAAGAUGUAUCUGCAGAAGCGGUUACUGGUUCUGGAAAAACACUUGCUUUUCUUGUACCCCUUUUAGAGAUUCUUAAACGACGACACGUCGAAGAUCCAUGGAAACCAAAUGAAAUUGGAGCUCUUAUUGUUUCACCCACUAGGGAAUUAGCUGUUCAAAUAUCCGAAGUUUUGGGACAAUUUCUAUCGCAUUCGCAGCUGUCUUUUCUAAAACAAAAACUUUUAGUGGGUGGAAAUAACAUUGAAGAGGACAUUUCUGGAAUAAAAAAAGAAGGACCUUGUAUUCUAGUUUGUACUCCAGGACGACUAGAAGACUUGUUCGAACGCAAAGGUGAACUCAACCUCGCUGGUAGAGUAAAAAGUUUGGAAUUUCUCGUUCUCGAUGAGGCUGAUCGCCUUUUGGACCUUGGUUUUAAAGCAACCAUUAAUGUUAUUCUCAGCUAUCUUCCCCGCCAGAGGCGAACUGGACUUUUCUCUGCUACUCAAACCACAGAGGUGACACAACUAAUACGAGCUGGUCUACGAAAUCCAGUAUUGGUAUCUGUCAAAGAAAAAUCUACAAUUAGCACGCCAGUGCUUCUUAAAAAUUUCUACAGCAUCGUAGAACCAGAAUUAAAGUUUGUUGCAUUAUUAGAAUUUCUCAGACAGCAUGGCGAAAGUAAAAUCAUGUUGUUCUUCCCUACGUGCGCCUGUGUAGAAUAUUGGAUGGAAAUUCUUCCACAGUUUUUAAAAAAACGUGUAGUCCUUGGAAUUCAUGGUAAAAUGAAAGCAAAGCGCAAGAAUAUCGUUGAGAAAUUUCGUUUAGCAGAAACGGCAGUUCUUCUUUCUACAGAUGUUUUAGCUCGGGGUCUUGAUGUACCCGAAAUAGAUUGGGUUGUUCAAUGGGAUCCACCAGCUAGUGCUUCUAGUUUUGUGCAUAGAGUUGGGAGGACAGCUCGUCAAGGUACAGAAGGUAACGCUUUAGUCUUUCUCCUUCCCACUGAAGAUGCUUACGUCACCUUUUUGAAAAUCAACCAAAAAGUCGAACUUUCUGCUCUCGAGCUUGAAGUUCCGAGGGAAGAUUUUGAAUCAACACUUAAUCGUAUUCAUAAGCUUCAAGCUGCUGAUAAAGGAUGUUGCGACAAAGGAAUCCGAGCAUUUGUUUCUCAUAUACGGGCUUAUAGCAAACACGAGUGCAAUGCUAUUCUACGAUUAAAGGAUCUUGAUUUGGGCAAAGUAGCCACUAGCUAUGGUCUUCUUCAAAUGCCACGAAUGCCUGAACUUAAAAAUUCUACAGCAGACAAUUUUGUUGGACCAAAAUUCACUGUUAAUGUUAACAAAUUGACCUACAAGAAUCAACAGAAAGAACAAGUUCGACAAGAAAAACUUAAAACAUAUGAAGAGACUGGUGAAUGGCCGGGUAAGAAAAAAUUUCACAAGAAAACAGAAUCAUGGGAGCAAUCGAAAAAAGCAAAGGAUGAUGCUAAGUCUAAAAAAGAGUUGCGACGCGCCAAAAGAAAAUUGAAAAAGGCAUCUGGAGAUGCAGAGCCAAAGAAAAAGAAACAAAAAUUCACGGAAGCUGAUUUGGAGGAAUUGGCUAAUGACAUACGAUUGUUUAAGAAACUUAAGAAGAAAAAAAUUACUGAAGAAGAGUUUAAUGAACAAAUGGGAAUGGAAAAUGAAUAGGAGUCAAUUAUGCAUACAGAGAUGUAAAUAGCGUAUAGAUUAUACUAUAUUUAUAAGGUUUUAUUCAAAUAAUGUUUUUAAAUUUCUAGCGACAAAAAAAAAAAUAAAAUAGAAAUUAUUUUACCAA